UUAGAACUUGCACAGAAUUUUCCACUAUUGUGUGGAAAUCUAUAAAAAGAACUGAAGGCCGUCAAUGGCCUGGAAAUGGGAUCUUAUGUUAACCUGUUAAGCUGUGCACCGAUGUUUAAAAGUGGCCAUCAUGGAGGAGGAGGACGACAUCUGCACAAAGGAUUCAGUGAAUAUCUCUACAGAUGAAGUCGACGGAAGUAGGAUCAGCCUGAAAAAAAGAAAAGGAGUCAAGGUCAGUGGGAAAUACUUGCCCCCCAUGGAGUGGGAGAAGGGGGGUUCUUUUCGUCAGAUAGGUCAGUUUGAUUCCUCUGUGGCAGCCAUGAGCCGCACUGCGAGAUCACCGUCAAACUACCAGCAGGAUGGCAGGCUGCGAGAAGAGAGCAGUGAUGACCAAGAGAAGCCAGGGUAUCCACCAUCACAGUGCCUCCAGGAUGACAACUGGAAUACAGAGCAGGAGGCCACAGGGGGGUCUGUUUCUGAGGCAGGAGUAUCCAGGCAGACCAUACAGGAACUGAAGAAUCUUUUAAGGGAAAGCUCCUUAUUACAAACACGUACCAAACCUGGCAUGACUGGCAUUUACCCGUGUGCCCAGACCCCUGCAAAAAGGUCACAGGAGGCUCCAGCCGUCUCUUUCAGCACUUUUAAGCCUUUUUCUGAGGAUCCUCAAAGCAGAAUGCAAGCGCAAAAAAUGGCAACUGCUGCUGUCCAGAUCAGACCUGGUGGUGAUCCAUGCAUCGUGAUGGGCAAACCUGCAGGGGUCAACACAAAGCACUCAGAGACGAAGCAAGAAGUUGUGCUUGGAGCUGGUGGGCCAGGACCAAGAACUGAUCAGGCUGACAACACCAAAGAUUCAGCGGCAAACAUGUCAGGAAUUCAGAGCAUUUCCACCACCGAUCAGAUUAAACAGCAGAUUGCCAGAGAAGAAAUCAGCUUUGUGCGAUUUGAAGCCACAGACCUGCACGGAGUUUCAAGAUCCAAGACGAUUCCAGCCCGCUUCUUUCAGGACAAGGCCCUAUAUGGUGUCCCCAUGCCCAGAAGCUAUCUUGAGUUGACUCUGAGUCCAAAGGAUAAUGAAGUAGAUCAUAUGAGUGCCACCAACUUCAAUAGUGACAUCCUUCUUGUUCCUGAUCUUGGCAGUUUCCGUAUUCUUCCUUGGGCAGUUAAAACAGCCCGUGUGCUGUGUGAUGCUUACACCAUUACAGGGCACCCUCUACGUACCUCUCCUAGGCAUGUUGCCAAGCAGAUGCUGAGCCAGCUGAGGGCUCACGGCUUCUCACUGCAUUCGUCCUUUACAUACGAGUGCUGUAUAUUUGGCGCUCCAGAAAAGAUUGAUGCCAAAAUGGUGUUUUUUCCAGCCGCCACUCUCCUGGGCGGCCAGGAUUUGCCCUUCCUGCAGCAGCUGAUCGAUGGCAUGUACUACGUUGGUGCCGAUGUGGACAGCUUUUCUUCUGCUAGCGGCCCUGGCCAAAUGGAGAUCUCUCUCCAGCCUGAGUUUGGCAUCGCUUCAGCAGACAGUGCUUUCACAUUCAGAACGGGCAUCAAGGAAGUAGUGAGGAAGCAUGGCUACCUCGCCAGCUUUUUCACCAAUAAUGGCUUUCACAAUGCGGCGGUGCUCUCCCACAGUGUGUGGGAUGUCAAUGGCAAGAGGAACCUUUUCCAUACUGGCACGGGAGAGAUGUCUGAACUGAGCAAGAAGUGGCUGGCUGGCCUGCUAUACCACUCGGCGGCGCUCAGCUGCCUGAUGGCCCCCGGCGUUAGCUGCCGAAAGCAUAUUGCUCAAGAGGGCAAGGAGGCUAAGAAUUGUGUGUAUGCUACUUGGGGUGCCAAUGACAACAACUGUGCCUACAAUGUCAAGUGCCAUGGAGGCAGAGGUGCCCAAAUCGACAACAAGCUGGGCUCUGCCACCGGCAACCCUUACCUCGCCCUGGCAGCCACAGUGGCAGCUGGCCUGGAUGGCAUCAAGCGAAGUCUCACUCUGGACACUGAUUCUGAAGGGCCUAUUAGCCCAUCUCAGUUAAGACACCAUGCCAUUCCCGUGAAGCUAGAAGAUGCCUUGGUUGCACUGGCAGAAGACCACAUCAUCAGGGGCGCCUUGGGUGAUGCGUUUGUACAAUAUUUCAUUGCAAUGAAACGCUACGAGAUUGAAACCAAGGAGCUCGACGCAGAAAGGAACAAAGGCUUGGAGUACUUUAUUUGAGUGAAGAAACGUGGCGAGAAAAUGCAUUGGCAGACCGUCAUUCCCAAUGGAGGACCUGAAGCUGAUAUCACACUCUGUUAUUGAAGGGGCUCUUCAUAAGGUUAACGUAGGGACCGCCAAUAACAGCGUCUAGCUUAUUUUGGAUUGUAUAAGAGCAUGAAAUCUGAACCUGGUGGAUUUGGCAUGAAUUGUAGUCAAAUGACUAUGAAAAUCCACCUACACAAUCGACUGGGCUGGGUGGCACAGCAGUUAGCACCACUGCCUCAUGGAUCCUGAACCGUGGGCGCCUGGUCUGCUUGCUUGUGUGAAAUUUCCUCCGGUACUUCAUUUCUCCUUCCACAUCUCCAGAGAUGUGCUGGUUAAGUUAACAAUGCCACCCUAAACGGACCCUGUGUGGGUGUGAGUGCGUCUGGCAAUGGAUCGUUGCCCCAUGUACAGUUGAUUCCAGUAUUGUGUCCAGGAUAGACCCUGAACUUUCUAAUCCUGAGCUGGAUUGAGUACAUUUGAAUGGUCCAUUUGUGGUGUUGCUUACCUUCUCAUGCUUGAAGUUACCAUGAUCGGCUCACCAUUAAUAUACUUUUGCAGCGAAUUUACUGGGUUUGUUGGUGGUCGUCUUUAACAAAUUCUUCCCUGAAAAUCUGUCAUGCGGCUGGUUUACGUGAACGUUUUUUUUUUUUCUUGCAUCCCAUGAUGCUUUUGUGAGGCCAAACGUGACAUCACAGAGCUGUAGCAGCCAGUGUUGGAUAGGAAUGUCACUCCCUGUCUAACUUCCGUCGCACCUGCACAGAACGUUCGCGAAGGUCUACUGUUGGCAUACUCCACAUCACUCUAUAUGUUACAUGGUCAGUGGAAGGAACCGCAGGUCCAUGGGGUGAAAUGUUGGUUGGCCCUAUUUAAUUGAAACAAAUGAGCAACACAAAAAGGGGGCUCAAUGGCACCAAAACAAAUGAAACAUCAAUGUUUUUGGCUCAGGAACUUUCCUUGGCCAACAAAGCCUCUUAAAGUCACAGUGGGAAGCAGCUCUGUACUGCGAUGCAGAAGGACGUCUCCUUCCGGGAACAACUGUAUCGAAAUAUCCUACAGAGGAUUUACUCCAAAAUGACUGUACAAGCAUCCAUAGAUCGUUUAAUUCAAAUGCUGAAACUCCGAGAAGAUUGUUUGCUUCAAAACGAUUGCACAAAUAGCCGUAGAUUGCUUGAUUGAAAGCGAUCAGAUCCAAAGUCCUGCAGAUCAUCUGCUUCAAAAUUUCUGGACAAUUAAGCUAUGAGUCGUUUGAUCCAAAGUGGCCGUGUCAAAACUCUUGUGGAUUGUUUGCUUCAAAAUAGUUGCAUGAACAGCCAUGGAUCAAAUCAACUCCAUCAAAAAGCCUGUUGAUUGCUUGCUUCAAAAUGUCUGCCCCAACAUCUACAUAUCACUUGCUUCAAACCAACAGUAUCAAAAAUUCUACGGAUAAUUUACUGACUGGACAAAUGGCAAUGGAUCCAUUAAUUCCAAACGUUAAUGUUGAAGCUCCUGAAGAUCGUUUGUUUCAAAACGACUGCACAAAUAACCACAGACUGCUUGAUUCUAAGCGAUCAGAUCCAAAGUCCUUGAGAUCAUUUGCUUCACAACGACCGCAUAGGUAGCCGUGGAUCGAUUGAUCCAAAAUGGCCGUGUCAAGACUCUCACAAACCACUUGCUUCUAAACAACUGCAUGAAUAGCUGUGGAACAAAACAACUGUAUUAAAAUAUAUGUUGAUUGUUUGCUUGAAAAUGUCUACUUCAACACGUCCAUAUCGUUUGAUUCAAAUCAACUGCGUCAAAAUGACUUUGUAAAUAGCCGUAGAUCCUUCAAUUUAAAACAAUUGUAUCGGAACUCCAGAAGAUCGUUUGCUUCAAAAUGACUGCACCAACAGCCAUGGAUCAUUUAAUUCAAAUCGAUCAAAUUAGAUCAUUGGACUGUUCAGGCAGCUGUGGGUCGUUUCAUCCAAAAUGGCCGUGUCAAAACUCCCGUGAAUUGUGUGCUUCAAAAUGGCCGCAUGAACAGCCAUUGAUCAAAUCAAUUGUAUCAGAAUGUCUGUGGAUUGUUUGUUUCAAAAUGUCUACUCCAACACGCCCAUAUCAUUUGAUUCAAAACAACUGUGAUAAAACUCUUAUGGAUGAUUUAAUUCAACAUGACUGUACAAACAGCCAUAGUUCUUUUCAUUCAAAUCAGUUUCAUGUCGAAACUCCUGAGGAUCGUUUGCUUCAAAAUGACUACACAAAUAGCCACAGAUUGCUGGAUUCUAAAAGAUCAGAUCCAAAGUCCUUCAGAUUAUUUGCUUCACAACGACUGUACAAGUAGCUGUGAAUCAACUGAUCCAAAAUGGCCGUGUCAAAACUCUUACAAACCAUUUGCUUCAAAACAACUACAUCAACAGCCAUGGAUCAAAUUAACUGUAACAAAAAGUCUGUUGAGUGUUUGCUUCCAAAUGUCUACUCCAACACAUUCAUUUCGUUUGAUUCAAAACAACUGUGACAAAACUUUUGUGGAUGAUUUAAUUCAGCAUAACUGCACAAACAGCCAUAGAUCAUUUAAUUCAAAUUAGCUAAGAUGAAACUCCUGAAGAUCGUUUGCAUCAAAAUGGCUGUACAAGUAGCCGUGGAUUGUUUGAUCCAAAAUGGCCGCAUCAAAACUCCCAUGGAUUGUUUGCUUCAAAACGAUUUCAUGAACAGCCAUGGAUCAAAAAUACUAUUUUAAAAUAUCUGUUGAUUGUUUGUUUCAUAAUGCCUGCUCUGACACCUACAUAUCGUGUGUUUCAAAACAACUAUAUCAAAAAAAUCCUACAGAUGAUUUACUUCAAAAUGACUGAAUAAAUUUUUUAAUUCAAAAUGGCAAUCUCGAAACUCCUGAAGAUCGUUUGCUUCCAAACGACUACACAAACAGCCAUGGAUCAUUUAAUUCAAAUUAGCUAAGAUGAAACUCCUGAAGAUCAUUUGCAUCAAAAUGGCUGUACGAGUAGCCGUGGACCGUUUGAUCCAAAAUGGCUGCAUCAAAACUCCCGCGGUUCGUUUGCUUUAAAACAACUACAUGAACAGCCAUGGAUCAAAUUAACUGUAACAAAAAGUCUGUUUAUUGCUUGCUUCAAAAUGUCUACCCCAACACGUACAUAUCACUUAAUUCUAAACAACUGUACCAAAACUCCUAAGGAUGAUUUGCUUCAAAAUGGCUUUGCAAACAAAAAUUAGAUCCUUCAAUUUCAAACAGUUAUAUCGAAACUCCUGAAGAUUGUUUGCUUCAAAACGACCUCAGAAACAACCGUGUACCAUUUGAUUCAAAGCAAUCCAAUCAAAAGUCCCGCGGAUCAUUUGCUUCAAAAUGACUGCACAAAUAGCCGUGGGUCAUGUGAUCCAAAAUGGCCGUGUCAAAAUUCCCCCGGUUCGUUUGCUUCAACAUGAAUGCAUGAACAGUCAUGGAUCAAAUCAACUCCAUCAAAACGUUUGUUGAUCGUUUGCGUCACAAUGCCUGCUCCAACAUCUGCAUAUCGUUUAUUUCAAAACAGCUAUAUCAAAAAAAUCCUACGGAUGAUUUACUUCAAAGUGACUGUAUAAACAGCAAUGAAUCCUUUAAUUCAAAAUGGCAAUUUCGAAACUCCUGAAGACUGUUUGCUUCUAAACAACUGCACCGACAUCCAUGGAUCGUUUAAUUCAAAACAGCGAAACUGAAACUCCCGCGGAUCAUUUGCUUCAAAAUGACUGCACAAAUAGCCUUGGGUCAUGUGAUCCAAAAUGUUUGUGUCAAAAUUCCCACGGUUCGUUUGCUUCAAAACGAUUGCAUGAACAGCCAUGGAUCAAAUCAUCUGUGUCGGGAUGUCUAUGGAGCGUUGGCUUUGGAAUGACUGUAGGGAUCCUUUGACUAAAAACAGCUGAUUUGAAGCUCCAGUAGAUGGUUUACUUCGAAAAAGUGUCAAUAGAUGGACAUCAUAGCCUUGCACUUCAGUGUGCUUACUAGAAGACAAAGGGGGCUUUUCAACUGAAUUUGGCUUCAUUUGUCAUUUUCAUUUUUCUAUUUCUAAAUAUGCUAAAUACAGAAAAAACAUUAAAGGAACACUUAAUCGUCAGAUUCUGACACCAAGUCAAUGACGUGUCAGGGCCAUCAGUCUGUCCAUGUAGGAAGUAGAAGCAGCUGUGAACCGCCUUCACCUGUUUUGGUCUCCUGGUAUCUACUCCAUGCUCUUGGGACUGUGAUGGAGGACACAGCAAACCUUUUAGCGACAUCAUGUAUGGAUGUGCUGGACCACUUGUGUUGGACCAGUCUGAAUGGGCUGCAGGUACCACCUCAUACCACCAGGAGUGACAAGGACACUAGCAAAACACAAAAUUAGAGAGCAACUGUCUGUGGCCACCAUUCCCUUUUGGCACAAACCAAAGAUGGCGUUUCAGAAGAAGAUCCUUGUACCACCUGUGAAGCCUGGUGGUGGAAAUGUUCUGGAUUGGGGUUGCUUUGCUCCCUCAGAAGCCCGGGCAGCCUGCAGUUGUGGAGUCAGCUAUUAAUUCGGCAUCAUAUCAAAAUGAGGCCAUUUGUCUGAAAGUUGAAGUUGAAUGAUAAUAAAGAUCUGAGGCCCGCUAGCAAAUCCACCAACGAACAGCUCAAGAAGAAGAAACGGAGGUUUGUGGACUGGGCAAGUCAAAGCCCUGAUUUGAAUCUCACUGAAAUGUUGUGGGGGGAUUUGAAACAGGUGGGACAUGCAAGAAAACUCACAAAUAUCUGGCAGAUGAAGGAAUUUUUUAUGGAAGGACGGUCCAAAAUUUAUCUGAGUCAAUGUCAUAGACUAGUAGGUAGUCAUCCCUAAAAGAAGUCAUUUCUGCUAAAAGGAGCAACACCACCUUAGAGGCCAAGGCUGGACUUUGUUUUUCCCCAGUAGAGCGUGACAUCUAUUGAUUUUUUUUUGA